AUGCGAGUACUUGGUGAAUCUAAUGGUUACUACUGUACGGGUUCAAAUAGUGGUAAUAUACAUUUUAAAUGCAUAAAAACGCCGUGCAACGGCACUCUAUGCGAAACAAUAAUCGACUACUUAGAAAAACCAGGACCGGACGUAAUUAUAGAUACCAACAAUAAAGUACUGUUGAAUCUCGAAAUCGAAAACAUUUCUACCAUCCACGUACUAUUUAUUAAUUACGUUCGUGAUUCAGUAAAUUUAAAUAAAACAACGUAUCGUCUUUUGAAACCAAUCGUUCUAAAAGUUCAAUUGGCUGGACUAAGAGAAUUAUACAAGUUACGUUUUAUAAACUACGUAAAUGGUGGGCCAACUGAAGAAGUGAUCAGUAAAGCGACCAGGAAGUAUUACUUCGGAUGUGAUUCUGGAAAUAUUAACCCCACGUGUGGUAUGCAGUAUUAUAACUUAAAUGAACCGGUGCCUUUUUCGGAAGGUUUUUGUUGUUCGUGUAUCGAUUCGGUAAAUGCUGCUCGUCAACAAAGAUCGUCCGAGGCACUGAAGAGAAAUAACACUUCAAUAACGACCAACAUCGAUGUAAUAGUUCAACCGAGGGGCGAACAAGAUUGUAAAAACAUCAGUAGAAGUCCCGGUUAUGCAAAUUCAUUUACUUAUCACGAGAGUGCGCAUUGUUUUAGAUAUAGUGAUUUAUGGUUCAAUGUUUAUAAAGUAGAGAAAUCGGAAACGGUCUUACCACUGACAUUGGAAUUAUUCAAAAAAAGCGAAAGUAGCGUUUACGUGCUCCACCAACAAUGUUCUUCAUCAUCAUCAUCCAAUAGAAAACAGACCAUUUUCAAGGAUUUGGUAUCGUACCGGUACGAGGUCAAAGGUUUAAAUGAAACAGUCGAAAACGACCUGAUGGCCAUGUUUGUUCUGAUACCUCAGGACGUGCCCAAAAUGUAUCAAUAUGGGCUCCCGCACUUUAACGAUCGAGGAGCCGGAAAGUACCUCGCGAUCCAUCCAAGUAGAAUGUCAAAAAACGGCGGUUCCGAAUGCGACCGAAUCGGAGUGGAACCACGAGGUUUCUACGAACAACCUGACAGGUGUUAUCGGCUGAGGGGCAGCUGUCUCAACCAACAGCCCAAUCAACUGAUACAGCAGCGGGAGGGAUACUGCAGCGGGGAACCAUUGACGGGUGCCGGAAGUGGUCGUCUGUUCAUCGAAGACUAUGUGCAAGGUGACAUCAGUUUUGACAAUGCCGCCGAUCACAUUAUCGUGGACCUUCAGUCGGCCUCGUCCGCUGCCGAAUCCUCCAUGUCAGUGCAGAGCGUCGGAGAGAUCAGACUGGACGACAACGCCGUUGUCAAUGACAAGUACCUAUUACCUAUAUUCAUUUUUGAAGCUCUCCUCUUCAGCUAA